GAUUCAAAAGUGCCGUUCGAUAAAAAUAGCUUGGACUUUAAUGCUUCCGGAUUGUUGUUUUCACUAACAACAUAUUAUUUUAAGAGUUCAACGUCAAAGAACAGAAAAUAUUAUCAGUAUUUACAAAUUAUAUACGUGUCCACGAUGACAGCUGUUACUAAGACCUUGCUGAAGUCCAUCAGUGGAGAAUUUGACAUGGAAAGCAUCCAUUCACUCUCUUUGAAAAACCUUGAGUUGACAGAGUUGGGCUGUAUUGGAGAGUGCACAGGGCUGCAGAGACUGGACCUGUCCUACAACAGCCUCACGAGACUGCACCUCCUGGUGGGGCUGGACAGCCUGCAGACGCUUAACCUCGCCGCAAACAGGAUCACCUCCCUGGAGGGUUUACAAGCUUUAGAAAAUCUGGAAAAUUUAAAUUUAGCCGGGAAUUUAAUUGGAGGAGUGGACGCGCUGCGUUGCUUGACAGGACUUGAGAAGCUUCAGUGCCUACGUCUGCGAGACCAGACGACUGGUCUGAGCAACCCCGUCUGUCUCAACAUUAGAUACGUGGCAGACGUCGGCUCUAUGUUCCCACAUUUGACCACACUCGAUGGUGAAAGGAUACAAGGGCGAGGCAGUGAGGUAUUCCAAAUGUUUAAACACAUCAACGAUGCUGUUGCAUGCCGGUCCGAUGAGUCUGAAAGCACACACUAUGCCAUAGAAGAAUGGGUACCAGAUAGCUUCUGGGAGCCCUCGACCAAGUUUGACAAGUCCUUGAUGGGAGAUGCACAGCAGCAACUGGAGGAUCUGCUGAAGUCGUGUCAACGUCUGUCUAGUGUUGCUGAAGAGAAACUCCAACAGCUGGGUUCUUGAGGACAGUUGGCUACAAGAGGAAAAAACUGGCCUAGGACACUACAGCUUACCAUCCACCAGGUCUGCUGGUCUGUCUGCAUCUCUAAGCUUACUUUUGUGCUAUAUUCUAGUAGAGUUGUAUUUUUAUUAAUACAGAAUUAUGACAAAUAAAUAACUUAAAAUGACCAUGAAACAAACAGCAAACAACUGACUACUGUUACUUUUAUGUCAUAAUGUGGAUCACAAUAAGAAACAAAAACUUUGAGGCAAUUCUAAUACAUGAAUGUAAUUAAUGUUUUUAAGAAUAUUGCAUGAUCUGGGAUCAGAUGAAACAAGCUGGAUCAGACAACAUCACAUACCUAACGCAUUGUUUACUAUAGUGAUGCAUUUUAAAUGUUUUUAAAGCAAAUAAGUACAUGUGGUUAUAUAUUAAUUUAUUAAUGACUUGCACAUGAUUGUUUAUUAUUAGUAGCAGUUGUAUUAUGUAGUUAUAUCUAUGUUAAGAAAAAUGAUGCAAAAUAUA